UUUUGUCGGUUUAUGACCUCCCUAAACUCCUCUGUUCACAGCCACUUCCUCUGUUUCUGUCACUGGCAGCUGCCUCCUCGCAGGGCAUAAAACUCCCGCAUUGUCUCCGUUUCCAGCGCCACAGCUGAAGAAUAAGGAAGAAGAAUAGAUAAAGGGAGGCACUGACACAUGGAUCUCUCUUCCUCUCUCAUUUUAAGCUUUGUUUUUCUACUCAUUAUAACUUGCAGAGGUGUGCAAGGUGCCACAUUCACAUUCGUCAACCGGUGCCAAUACAGUGUAUGGCCAGGCAUUCUUGCAAAUGCGGGCAGUCCUAGACUCGACAGCACCGGAUUCGAGCUCCCAAAGGACUCUUCCCGUUCCAUCCAAGCGCCGACUGGGUGGUCCGGUCGCUUCUGGGCUCGAACAGGUUGCAACUUCGACGGAUCCGGAUUCGGUUCCUGCCAGACCGGAGACUGCGGCUCGGGUCAAGUCGAGUGCAAUGGACUCGGAGCAUCUCCACCGGCCACGCUUGCUGAGUUUACUCUCGGAACCGGCGGGCAGGACUUCUACGACGUCAGCCUCGUCGACGGCUACAACCUACCCAUGAUCGUCGAAGGCUCUGGUGGGUCUGGUCUCUGCUCGUCAACGGGAUGUACCACGGAUCUGAACACUCAGUGCCCGCAAGAGUUGCGAGUCGGUAAAGGCGACGCGUGUAAGAGCGCGUGCGAGGCUUUUGGGUCCCCUGAAUACUGCUGCAGCGGCGAGUACAAUACACCCAGUACUUGCAGGCCGUCUGUUUACUCCGAAAUGUUUAAGGCCGCGUGUCCCCGCUCGUAUAGCUACGCCUACGACGACGCCACUAGUACCUUCACUUGCUCCGGGGCAGACUAUACGGUGACGUUUUGCCCCUCCUCUCCAAGUCAGAAAUCUUCAAGCUCUGCAACACCAGCGACAGAAACAUCAACAUCUCAGGGUUCAGGGGUAGAGUCACAACCCGGGUAUGGGUUCACCUAUUCUGGGUCCGGGUCUGAUACAGUGUCCGGGUCAGGGUCGGUUGGAGGAGAGACAAUGUUGGCAGAUGGAUCAUGGUUAGCUGGUUUGGCUAUGGGAGAUUCACCAAGAACAACCACCACUGAAUCGUUAAUUGUUGCUUCUGGAGCACUAUCUCUGUUUAUACUCUCCUUUUUCUACUUGUAGCAUCCUUGUUUUGUUGAUCCUUUUUGUUAGUUUUAGUCAUUAAUGUGAAUUCUUUACAGAUUAUGCAGCAGCCUUGAUUGGUGUGUGUCUGGCUGUCUUUUGCCUAUCUUGAAAAAAGCUGCAAAGAUUCCUGGUCCAAUUUGUAGAGCCACCCCACUUUGAUAUGUCAGGAAAGUGGUUUUGAUAUGGUUUUGGUGAUAUAAUAGGAACUCUUUUAUUAGGCUCCA